CCCACUUAAUAAGAUAACCCACCCAAAAUUAAAUAAAAACUCCUAAACCAUAAGAAAAACAUUAAAUGUAUUAAAAAAAUGUAAACAGAAAUUUUCUCAUACAUAAAUAAUGGUAGCAAUAUCCAACGGCUCCGCUGAAUCGAAGCGCGCCGCCACCAAAUCCAUUUCGGGAAGUGGAGCCCACUUAACGGCUUUUCAUGAACAGGCCGUCGGCAGCCACCGGAUUUUCGCGCCGCCUACUUCCAAAUUCCAGCGCCCAUCAUCAUUCCGUCGACUAAUUCACUUUAUUGACCUUUCUUUUUUAUUUUAUUUUUGGCGGAACACCUGUUCGUUUCUUCAAUCCCGUACCAAAAGGUUAGUUAAUAAUUAUCAAGAGAUCACGCUUCUCCCCUUCUAAUUUCUGCACAGAUGCACGCCACAAAUACGCAAAGAUUUUCACCGGAUAAUAUAUCAGAGUAGAAUAUGACUAUGUAUGGGCAGGAUCAUGAUGUGAGGUGGGACGGUCCUCGCCUUAUAGAUGUUUGCUCUCUUUCAAAUGGUUAUCCAGAAACCGUUACAUGUUAUGCCAAGGAUAUGUCUUGGACCGAGUCUGUGAUGGAAGGUUUAUGUAAUCCAGCACCCUCUUUCGAGGGAAAUGGUGAACUUAUUGCACACGCGCCUCAGGAGGACCUCUCGGGUUAUCCUGCUGGAUAUCCAUCAGAGUUUUCGUCUACUGCAGAUCACCAUCAUGGAGAGUCUAGUGCUGCUCUCGAUUGGCCUGGUAGUUCAGAAUGGCACUCAAGCUCUGGGAUUGAGACGGGAGAGUUAUCACAUGAGGAUUUUAACCAUGGUUUCAUGCCUGAGAUGGAAGAUGAACCAGCGCUUUAUGAUGAAAUGGGAAAAAGGCUCAAUCAGAUGGUUCCAGUUCCUCAUGUUCCUAAAAUCAAUGGAGAAAUCCCUUCUGCAGAUGAAGUUUCAUCAGAUCAUGAAAGACUUUUGAAUAGGUUGCAGUUAUAUGACCUAGUCGAACUCAAAAUCCUGGGAGAUGGUAACUGUCAGUUCCGUUCGCUGUCAGAUCAAAUAUACCGGACACCAGAGCAUCACAACUUUGUGAGAGACCAAAUAGUCAAUCAGCUGAAGUUGCAGCCCGAUUUGUAUGCCAAUUAUGUCCCCAUGGCUUAUGACGACUACUUGAAGAAAAUGAGCAACAACGGGGAAUGGGGAGAUCAUGUCACCUUGCAGGCUGCUGCAGAUUGCUAUGGCGUCAGGAUCAUUGUGGUUACUUCGUACAAGGAUACGUGCUACAUUGAGAUUCUUCCACAGUUUGAGAAAUCAAACAGGAUUAUCUUGCUGAGCUUUUGGGCUGAAGUACACUACAAUUCGAUUUAUCCUAGUGGAGAAUCGCCUGUAGACGGUGGUAAGAAGAAGAAGAAGAAGUCGUGGUGGAAGUGAAGUUGGAAUGUCGUUGGAUCGGAUGGUUCGAGGGAUCAUAGUUGGUCCAUUGUUGUACAUGCAUGGAUAAGAGAUGGUAUCUCUCCAAUGUAUAUAUAUGUAUAACAAUUUUGAUGCCACUAGAAAUGCAAUUGGAAUAGGAAACACUUAAUUUUAGUUUCAUUUGUAUGACUGUCAAUGUUUAUUAUAAUAAAAACUUUAAUUUUAAUUAUCAUA